AGGACUAUUCGCACACGGCAUGGGCAGACAGGAUUUGUUUGUUGAUAAUAUUCUGAGAGUCGCGCGAAGUUUUAUGUAGAUUUGUAGAUUGUACAUUCUCAAGGGAAAGGAAUUGCAUGGUAUGCACAAUGCAUUGCCACUGCAUGCUGUGGCUAUGACCUGCCCUCUUUUUAAUCCUGCCAGUUGUACGUUUGGAAUCAUAUCACUGACGUAACUCGUAACCAACUGCGACGAAGUUUUUCUUCAAUUUGUUAUUUUGCGUAAAAUUAGAAAGUUGUCUUGUGCUGUCCCCUUCAGCAUUCGACACCUUAUUUUGUGCAGUUUUGGACUGAUUGAUUUGGGAAGAAUGUGCCGUGUUCCGGGCGUUAUGCCCUAGUGCCCGUCUUUUAAGGCUUGUUUGGACUGCAAUCCUAGAGGUUAGAGGCACUAGCCAUGUUUGACAGCCCCGAGUCUAAGAAGGAUGAAUUGCUGGAGCAAGCACGAACCGCACGCAAGGAAAGGGAACUUGAGAAGAAGAAAUGUCUGGCGGCCUCUUGCAUCCAGGCUCACUUUCGAGGCCUUCAAGCCAGGAGGGAGUUCUCUAAGACUGUGCUGGAGCAGUUUGAUACGGUAAUCAAUGAUGAUCCGGCAACAGCUGAAAAACUGCCGGCACUGCAAGCAUAUCAGGUGGCUCGCCGUUUUAUGCUUGUUUGGAAGCAAGAUAGAGAUGUGGACCGAGUUUUGCAGCUUUGCAGGUACCUUGUCUCAAGCUUGGAAAGUGAAUCCCCACGUUACAGUUAUGUCGGAAUCGCCUUAAACAAGGAGCAUGUGCUUCGAUGGAUAUCACACAUGAAGAAUAUAUUAUCGAGAAUUUUGUUGUAUAUUGAUGGUUUGAAGCCAGAGCGCCCAGUGGAUUGCAAAAGCCUGAUGACCUAUCUUCAUACACUCAUAGCAUUUACUUCAACAUCAACUUGGGUUCUGAUCAAAUCUAAAAACUUUGAAAAUUUAAGACCAGGGCUGAACCACUUGUGUUCCAACAUAAUGGGCCACCUUGCUUCUCAGGGUCUUUAUCAGUCUCUUCAGUUACUUCUCAAACGUAGCCUCUGCCGAUCUACAGUAGUUCUGAAGCAUGCAAGCUUAUCAGCAGCUGUGACUUUAGCACUGAGACCUCUAAUUGCUGCAAGUUUUUCUGACAAACUUUCAACCAUUUUCCUCAUUCAUAUUCUCAGUGUGCCUGCCUUAGUGUCCCAUAUUCAAACAUUAGCACCAGAGUGUUUAACAUUGAUUGAACAACAUUCCAUUCUACGGAGAAGUUUUGAACUGUUGAGUAUUGAACAGAAUCUUCGCAUUGUUUUCAAUGCUCUUGAAGGAAAUUAUGCUCUUUGCUUGCUUGCCAACCUUAUUCAGCUUGCACAUUUUGAAAGGGAAACAACUCUUCCAGAACUUGCUUUCCCAACUUUUACAGUUGUUGUGACUAGACUUCUGGAGAGCUGCAUGCACUAUGUUAUGCAGAAGCAAUCACCUCUGGCUCAUUGGCAUCCGGUUUUGGGUUGGUUUGCUCAAAGCACUGAUGCCUAUGCUCAAGAAGCCAUGCCUUUGGUGAAGCAGCAGUUACACUUACUCUGGUCGGGCUCCCUUGUUAAGCUUCUGUUGGGGCAAAUACUUGCUGAAUUUUCAGAAAAAUCACAAAUAGAAGAAGAGGCCAGGAGCCCAGCUCCUACAAACAUCAUUAGAAGAGCUCUGGAAAAUCGAGUUAACCGAGCUAGUUCUGCUAAAAGCUAUAGAAAGUUAGGCAGUCCAGAAUUCACAAAAGUUGCAUUGGUUUGCUCAUUGUAUCAGACUGCUCUUUCCACCCUUACCCAAUUAUCCCUUGAUAUAUUGACUGGUCUAUGCUACCAGGAUAAAGUUCUUUACCACCUUUGGUCAUUUCUCUGUUCUUUGGGUCCUAAUUGUGGCUUGAAAGCAUUUCUAGAACUUCUUGCAGUCAACAUCAAAUGCACAGCCCCUGAAUUUCAAAUGCUUAUCCUUUUUUGUAAUUGUAUGACUAACUAUGUUACCAUUCUUGAUGAUAUGGAAAUGUAUGACCAACAAGAGCCAUUUAAAAUUACUGAUUAUGUCACAUUGAGUAACUUCCUCAAUCUUUUCUUAUACCGAUCCAUUUACAAUCAAUUGUUUGACUUGAAGUCUUUGCACACCAACCCCGUCUUUGUAGAAAUGCAUACCCUCCUUCAAGUACUAUAUCGUCGAGAUUGCCGGAGGCGUUACAGUCCGGAUAAUCACUGGCUAAUUAAAGAAAUAAGAGUUAGUCAGUUUAUGGCUGAUUUGGAAAAAGGAAAAAAGCCAGUAGUGAUGCUUCUUCAGAAAAUGCCACACAUCAUUCCUCAUGAAGAACGUGUUAACUUGUUUAGAAAGCAUGUGGCUAAUGAAAAGGCAGUUUUUGGGCUAACUGAGUCUGCAUGUGCCAUCUCUGUUUCUCCUCAAUCAACUUUAAUCACAGUCCAUAGAUCACGAAUAGUGGAGGAUGGUUAUAGGCAACUGGCUCUUCUGCCUCCUCAGUCCUUAAAAGGGGUUAUACGAGUCCGCUUUAUAAAUGAACAAGGUUUGGAUGAAGCUGGCAUUGACCAAGAUGGUGUCUUCAAAGAGUUUCUUGAAGAAACUAUCAAGCGAGUGUUUGAUCCCACUCUGAACUUAUUCAAAGCAACUUCAGAAGAGAGGCUUUAUCCAUCACCAACUUCCUAUAUUCAAGAAAAUCAUCUGCAACUCUUUGAAUUUGUUGGACGUAUGCUGGGCAAAGCGGUGUAUGAGGGUAUUGUUGUUGAUGUUCCCUUUGCAUCAUUUUUCUUGAGCCAAGUCUUGGGUCACACUCAUCAAGUGUUGUAUUCAGCAAUGGAUGAACUACCAUCAUUGGAUAGUGACCUUUACCGCAGUCUAACAUUUAUUAAGCACCAUGCUGGUGAUGUUGGGGACCUAGAUUUAACAUUUUCAGUAGACCAGGAUUGCUUGGGACGUGUUGUAACACAUGAGCUUGUCCCUGGUGGCCGUGUAAUACCAGUAACCAAUGAAAAUAAAAUCAAUUAUAUCCAUCUUAUGGCUCACUUUCGAAUGCACACUCAAAUUCGAGAGCAAACAGCAGCCUUUAUCAGAGGCUUCCGAUCUCUGAUAAAUGUAGAAUGGUUGCAGCUGUUUUCUACUCCUGAGCUCCAGCGUCUCAUAUCUGGAGACAAUGUUCCCUUAGAUCUACGAGACCUGAGACGUCAUACCCAAUAUUAUGGUGGAUUUCAUGAUUCUCAUAGAGUUGUUAAUUGGUUGUGGGAUGUUCUUGACCGUGAUUUUACUGAAGAGGAGCGUGCGCUAUUUCUUAAGUUUGUUACAAGCUGCUCCAAACCACCUCUCCUAGGAUUUGCACACUUGGAACCCCCAUUUAGUAUUCGCUGUGUAGAAGUUGGCGAUGAUGAAGAUACAGGAGAUACUAUUGCCAGUGUAAUAAGAGGCUUUUUUACAAUUCGGAAGAAGGAUCCACAGAACCGCCUGCCAACUUCAUCCACAUGUUUCAAUUUAUUGAAACUCCCAAACUACCAAAAGAAAAGUACAUUAAGAGAAAAGCUGCGUUAUGCUGUAUCAAGCAACACAGGCUUUGAACUUUCUUAAAAGAAACUAGCCCUUUGUUACUUAAACAUGUCAUUAUGAACAUAUUUUCGCAAAGGAGAGGUGUAUGUUUUAUAGCUAGAUGUUCUGUGCUAUUAGUGAAAAUUGACUUCUUCAAAGUUUUUCGUUUUGUUUUAUGAAAGAAUUCUUGCCAUUUUGAUGGCUUUGAAAGAAAAACUGCUUAAUUUUUAUAGAUUGGAUGACUGUAGGGUACAGUAGUUUGUAUAUGUUCCCUGUCCUGUAAUAGUGUCAAUAAUUUACAAUUUGUCAAAUGGCUUUAAGAAAUAUUGUGACUUACUCUGUUAAAACUGUGAUAUUAUUACUCCAUUAAAAAUGUGGAAUUGUGGAGGUUUCCGUUUUUGCAAAGUUCUACUCGGAUGCUUAUAUUAUGUUGUUAGAGAUGGUUAAUAUAUGUGAUGGAAACAAAACAGAGGCUCUUUUUAUGUGUGCUUUCAAUUAAGAGGUAAAUGAGGGAGUUUAGGUAUGUUUUAUAAUAGUUUGUACCAGCAGUAAAAAAUUUUACCUUUUAUUUAUAUGGUGGUAUAUUUUCAGUGAUAAAUACAUUCGAAACCCAUAAAUUUUCAUGUGUGAUAAGGGCAGAAUGUUGAUUUGCCAAACUAUUGUGAACAUGUAGUUUUUACGCUGCAAAAACUGAACCAGCUUUGCUUGCAUAUCUAGUCAGAAAAUAUCUUCAAGUUUGAUCAAAGGUUGUGCUGCCAACUAACUUUCAGUUGGCCCUUUUAGGUAGUUAUUGUGUUGCCUUGAAGUUCCACUAGUUGAGGUUGGUUAUUUCUUGUUCAAAAUCUCUAGUAUUGGUUUUAACUAUUAUUCUUUAUUGUUUGAGAUAGUUCUUGCCAUAGCCUUCUUUCGUUUUUGGGAAUGCUCUUUAACAUCAUUAGAGAUAAUUGUUUGUGUUUGGUGCCUCUUUAUAAGAAGGCUCAUGGUUCAUGCUAGUUGACCAAAGAAAGGCUCUAAAUUGCUUUCAUCCGUUUUUGUGCAGUACUCUUUAAGUUAGUUAUUUUGCCUUUUUAAGUAAAAUAUAUUUCUUAACAUCUUUGAGUAGGGUGAGGAUGGUCCAUUUAGUUUUGUCUUUUGUCAAAAAUGUAAUGUUUCCUGAGUUGUUUUUUUUUUUUUUUUUUUUUUUUAAUUCUUGCCUUUGUGUAGAAGGCAUUUGUCCAAUCACUUUACAUGGCUUACAUACAAUGACCUUUUGAUACUAGCUGUACUGUGUGAAAGAGCUAGAAAUAGCAUUUUUAUUACCCUUUAUUUACAUUGCUGUAAACCACUCAUUUGAAUGUAGACUGAUAGAGAAAGGAGAGUUUCUCAGGUGUCUGUUUGGCGUUCAAUCUUUUUUUAUUCUUUUUUUAAUUACUAUGGCUGUGAUACAUUGGCUUACAGUUAACAUCUCUUCAUAUUCUUAUUUAUUUGUAUGAGGAUCAUCAAAAUGCUACUUUUAAACCGUGCUAAACAAUUUAGAAAUCACCCAAGUAGUCUGUGUAUGGUUCAAACAAACUAAUGUGAAGGUGGCAUAACAGCAGAGACACUGUAAAAGUUGAAAUAUUCAUAAUUAAAUGUGAUAUGUGUGCUUCAGUACGCAUCUGAAUUGUUGUUAUUAAUCAUGAAUAAAAAAACCAUGAACAUUUGACAUUGUUUAUAA